AUGGGUUCCCAAAUCAAUAAUCAAACUGAAUUGAUAAAAGCUAAAAAUGCCGAGGUAGUGAAUUUGAAAGAAUAUAUUCAAGACUUGCAAAGUGCAAUUAACAACAAAUUGAGUACGGAAACCAUUAGCAAAAAAACCGAUGAUAUACGAGUAUUGAAGUGCAGUCGACAGGACUCCUGCCCCAGCGAAGGUCCUAGUGAUAUUUACGAAAUCAACCUGAGGGGGAUAGGUACAUUCGAAGCUCCCUGCAGUUCAGAUGGUUGGCUAACUAUUCAAAAACGAUUUGACGGCUCCGAGAACUUCGAUCGACCCUGGAAAGACUAUAAGGAAGGGUUCGGCAAUAUAAGAGGAGAGUUUUUUAUCGGGCUUGAGAAACUGCAUGUUAUGACUCGGGAACGUCCUCACGAACUUUACAUUAAACUUGGCAAGGUGAACGGAUCCACAGGCUUCGCUCAUUAUGAUGACUUUAAGAUUGGAAGUGAACUGGAAUCGUAUGUGUUGUCGAUAGGGACAUAUAAUGGUACAGUCGGAGACUCUCUAGAUUACCAUAGGAACCAAAAGUUUACUACACUUGACAGAGAUAAUGAUAAACAUAAAGAAGCCAAUUGUGCUAAAAAUGAAAAUGGUGGUUGGUGGUAUACUGAUUGUGCUUUCAGCAAGCUAAAUGGAAAGUUUUAUAGGGAGGGUAAGACCAGAGACAACAAAACUAAUGGAAUUGUUUGGGGUACCUGGCAUGACGAUUGGACCUACUCGCUUUCCUUUGUGGAAAUGAUGAUUAGGCCCAAAACGUUGUUAGCAUUCCUUCCCGGAAAAUAAAAAAUACCAAUUUAUUAUCUUUUGUAAAUUUGUUUGUAUAAGGACAAAAUUAAUAAUGUUUUGGUUCUAUUCAAUAAAAUAUUCGAAGAGUAAAAUGUAAGAAACCGUACAGGAAAAC